AUGUUGUUGAAGACCUUCAAUGAACCAGGCUCUGAGUAUUUCAUCUUCCUGCUCAGCACCCGGGCUGGGGGGCUGGGCCUGAACCUCCAGUCUGCAGACACUGUCAUCAUCUUUGACAGCGACUGGAACCCCCACCAGGACCUGCAGGCCCAGGACCGUGCCCACCGCAUCGGGCAGCAGAACGAGGUGCGCGUCCUGCGCCUCUGCACCGUCAACAGCGUGGAGGAGAAGAUCUUGGCAGCUGCCAAAUACAAGCUGAACGUGGAUCAGAAGGUGAUCCAGGCUGGGAUGUUUGACCAGAAGCCCUCCAGCCACGAACGCCGGGCGUUCCUCCAGGCCAUCUUGGAGCAUGAGGAGCAGGAUGAGAGCAGACCCAGCGCGGGCAGCGCCAACCUGAGCCUGAGCGCUGAGCUGGAGGAACCUCCCCUGAAGGUGAGAGGGUUCUUCAGUCUCCUCGGCCUCUGCCCCUCCCAGCAGGCCCAGGCCCCUCCACUGGUUUGGAAAAGGAACCAAAAAAAAUAG